GAGUAGGGGUGUGCAGCAGGCUCGUCCCGCCCCCUCCUCUGAGUGACAGGAGCGUGGACAGCAACAUUUCCAGCCGGACACAUAGUUUGUUGGCCCUUGCGUUGGCUGAGCUGAGUAAGAAAAAGCAACCAAGAGUAUUAUUAUUGGUAUCUGGAGUUGAAUUUGCCAGGAAUGCGAGCACAGCUUUCUCAGUAAAGAUCUUGCCUUUAGAAACAUCUUACCCCUUGACAUCUCUCCAGAGUUAAGACUUGGCAGCCUCAAGGACACAGCACAAGCAGGCAUUUUGGAGAUCAAAGAUGGGGAGAAAAGAUGCCUCCACUAUAAAACUUCCUGUUGAUCAGUACAGAAAGCAAAUUGGUAAACAGGAUUAUAAAAAAACCAAACCUAUUUUACGAGCAACCAAAUUAAAAGCAGAAGCAAAGAAAACAGCAAUAGGCAUAAAGGAAGUUGGCCUUCUACUUGCAGCUAUAUUGGCCCUCCUACUGGCUUUCUAUGCUUUCUUUUAUCUCAGACUGUCCACAGAUGUUGACCCUGAUUUGGAACCAGAUGAAGAUUAGUUGAGCAGCAAUCAAUGCAUGAAAAGGAUAUAAUUUUAUAAAAGCACCUCUAGGGACCAAUACUUUCUGAAGUACUGAGACAGCAAGAUCUUGAUUUUUUUCUGCUGGUAUUUUCAGUUUGCAGAAAUAUCUUUUAAAAUGUUGCAUAGGAUAUCAAGAAAAGAACCUUACCUAGUAAUGUAGUAUGUGUGCUACCAGAUACUUUUAUAAAUCUUUCUACUUUGACAGGCAACCUAUUCAUGGUGCAUUUAGAUAAAGUGAAAAACAGAUCCUAAAUUCUUCAGAUGUCUUAGGCAAUUUAUGUGUAUAACUCCAUCACUUACAGAUUACUAAAUCUAUUUUUGUUCCAUAUACAUUCUAAGUAAAAGUAUAUAUCCUCAUUUACAGAAACAUUCUCUAGUCACAUUCAGAGCCUAAGAAGGAAUGAAAAGUCAUGGGAAAUUUUUCAUUUUACAGAGAAGCCCUGCUUUCUUUCCAGACGUAGUUUAUAUCAUUAGAGAGACAAUCUGCACAUACAUCUACAGUAAUCUUUUUCCUUCUUUGCCAACUGUUCAGUGCACAUGUGCUCCAUCAGAAAUGGCACCUGGAUGACAGAAGCUCAAAGAGUCACAUAUGUCUCUAAAAUAGAGUUGCUUUCCUCUUGGGCUGUCUGAACUGGUGUAAAUAGAAAGUUCAGUUGAUCUUGAUUUUAAUUAACUUAUUACUCUAUUAAUAUAAACUUGGAAUUCUAUUUUAAUUAUGUUGUCCUGGCUGCUUGCAGUAUCAGUUUGCCCUUCUUGUUAAGGAGAUAUGUAGCAAUCUGUUGUCUAAUUGUGCAGUCUUUUUCACACAAGGGUAAUAGCAGAAGUCCUACCUACUCAGAGUCAUUUUCUUGGGUUGUCUCUUAUAUCUGAACAAUACAAACUUGUUUUACAAAAUUGUAUUUUGUCUCUUGGGAAUUAAAUCAAUUAAGUCAUUUUCUUGGGUUGUCUCUUAUAUCUGAACAAUACAAACUUGUUUUACAAAAUUGUAUUUUGUCUCUUGGGAAUUAAAUCAAUUAGAACCCUUUCAUGAAAAGUAAUAGAAGAAAAUAUAUGUCUUAUAUUACUCACAUAUGGAGUUUUUUGUUUAUAUGAUUUUUCAAGGUAUUUUACAUUUGUUGGAGUAUAACGACUAAUGUAUUCAGUAUUUUUUACUGGUAAUGGAAUUUUUAAAUAAUUUUAUAACACAUGAAUACAUAAAGAUUAGAAAAUGGAAAAAUAUGUGUCCACAGCAGAGUUGUUAGUUACUACCUUACAUAAAUAUGUAUAGAAAAUGAAUAGCUUGCAACAAGUGUAUAAGGUGUUUCAUAGUAAAUACAUUGUAUUUAUAAAGAGUAAAUAAAAUGUUAAGAUUGUUUCCAUACUCUCCAAGAGAAGAAAGUAUUGAUAAAUAUCCUAGAUAGUCUUUGAGACUUUUGCAGAUAGUUGAAUGUGGUUGUGUAGCAUUAUGUUCUGUAGAAUUUUUUCAAGUAGCAUAACUUAUUUCAUCAGUGUGAAAACAGCCAAAAGUUCCAGUAUCCUCACAGAUCAUUUAUGCCAAACAUCUGAGGGCAAAAUUUAACCAGUGUUAUUUCCUGGAUUCUUCCCCUUGAAAUCACAAACUUAAGAGACAGACCAAGAGUUCCUAUACACUCACUACAGUGGACAAAUCCAAGUGGCAUUUUUAGGAAAGGUUGCAGCAUUUAAUGCCAUGUGGUAUGUCUGUUUGUGAAGUGGGUGGCAAGAGAAUAUCCAAGCUGGCAUUUUGGAUAUGAUGGGUCUUUUACUUUCCUGAGUGACAUGCCACAUGUCAAGAAAUACUGCUUUCCCCCACUCCUAUCACAUUUAUGUGAACAAUCUUCAUUUAGUUAUUUCCCCUCCCAUCUGGUGUUAAAUACAGUCAUAUAAAAUAAAGAUUAUUUCUAAUUUCAGUGGUAAUUUAAAUGCAAGGAUAAGUAAUAAUUGUCUAUUAGAUACCUAUCCAAGUGAGAUAUAACAGAAUUUACAGUAUUUAAAAUAGAUGAUUAUACUCUUGGAAAUGUUUGAAAAUUCAUUACCCUGAAAAAAAAGAAAAAAACAACUUUACUAUCCUGUUCUACUCUUGAGGUAUUCUUUGGAGGAAAAAUGUUGUUUCUGAUAGUAAUUAAUAUUAGCCUAAACACAGCAUAACUAACUUAACUGAUUAACUUAUGGCAAGUCCCAAAGGCUAAACUCUGAUUUUAAUAAAUAGCAGGUAAAGUGAGACAAUGUAUGCUUACAAAAUAAUGUUUUCGUGAAAUGCACAUUUUUCAAGCUCACAUUAACUGGGAAGCAGCCAAUCCUCUGUAGAGAAAUCCCAAGUUGAAGUCUGGUUUGAAUCUUUGAAGACAGAGAGGUGAUAUCCGGCCUGCAGUUUCAGGGGACUACACUUUUAAAUAGUGAGUGGUAUUUGGCAUAAAUCUGAGACUGGCACCAUACAAAUUUUAGGCAUGGGUUUUUCCCCUCCAAUAAUUCACUGCUCAGAGUAAUUCAGAAGACAAAAACAAAAAAAAUUUAAUGACUUUUCAGAAUGUUAGAAUCUAUCUGUUAACAUACUCUUUCUGCAGAAGAAAUUUCAACUAAUGCAGCUGGACUUAACGUACAGCCUAUAGAAUACUGUGAAUGAAGCUUGAGUGGUUGCUGGUUCUUAUAUUGCAUGAAAAAUACAGAAUAUGUAAAUUCAUUUGAGAGGCGAUGUUGUAAAAAUAUAACCUCAUCUAGAAUUUCUUUUAAAACAAAUGUGCUAAAAGCCUAUUUUAGUACCAGAAUGAGGUUUGCUGUUGUUUUAAGGUGACAAAAUACUUGAAGAUUUUCCAAUCUUUUCCAAUUUUUUGUAAAUGUAGGUGAAAUACUCCCACUCCAACCAAGUAUUACAAAAUCCUGAGAAUAUGUUCUUAUUCAUUUCUGUAAUUCCAGUAGUGUAGUGGUCUGCACAUUUUUAAUAAAUGCAUGUUAGAAUUUAAGUUAAUCUCUUUCAGUCCUCUCAGAGCCUGGCACAGUUCUUGCAUGUAACAGAUGAUCAAAAAUUAUUUGCAUUUAAUAAAUAAAACUUAAAAAUCACAAUA